AUGGCCUCAAUGGGUGCUCUGAACCCGUACGGGCACCUGAUCCGCUCUGCCCGCACCGGCGUCACCUACCUCCCUCGCCGCACCCUCACGUAUACCGUCCCUCGUCGAGCCCAAGAAGACGGACCCAAUGGCUCCAAUAACUCCUCCGAACCACCUCAGAAGGGCGGGGCCCUGUCGUCCAUCAAGAACUUCUUCUUCGGCGGGAAGUCUGAAAAGCCCAAGAUCACCCGCCGCACCAACGCUCCGCCCAAACGCGAGGGUUCGCUGAGUGCCGACUCCAUCUUCGCCGAGGACGAAGCCUCGCCCAAGCUGAUUGCCACCGGCCGCACGCCGGCUCGCAAGAGGGCAGCCCAGCCCACCGAGGGCGAAGAGGAGGGAGAAUACACCUACGCCGUGGACCGCCGGAACCGCGAGAACAUGCAGACGGUGUUGGACCCGCGUCCCAACGCCCGCAUCCACUGGGAACGCAAGAUGGUCAUCCGUGAGAUCCGCCGCCGGGGCCGCAUCAGCAAGACCGAACAGAUCAUGCGCACGGAGCGCGAGUCCACCUCCAAGUCGCAUUGGUUCAAGACCUCCGUCAAGAAGCUGGGCCCCCUGGCCCGGCAGAUCGCCGGCAAGAACAUCGACGAGGCGAUGCUGCAGAUGCGCUUCAGCAAGAAGAAGGCCGCCAAGGACGUCCUGGAGCAUCUGAAGCACGCGAAAAACGUCGCCGUCGUCCGCUCCGGUAUGGGUCUGGGCGCUGAGGCUGAGGCCGAGGCCGAGGCUGCCGGUGCUGCCUCGCCGUCGAAGAAGGGCACCACCAUCACCCUCAAGUCGGGCGAGCGCAAGACCAUCACCGACCCCACCUCCAUCUACAUCGAACAGGCCUGGGUGAACCGCGGUCCGUACGGUUACGACUACGACCACCGCGCCCGCGGCCAGAUCAACCUGAUGCGUCCGCCGUACACCUCCCUGUCCGUGGUGCUGAAGGAAGAGAAGACGCGCAUCCGGGAAUGGCAAGUCCGCGAGGCCGAGUCGCAGCGCAAGCGCAAGACUCAACUCUGGACUCAGCUUCCGGACCGGAAGAUCAGCGCCCAGAACCAGUACUACAGCUGGUAA